GUGCAGGCAGUGGUAUUGGAAAAGCUGUGUGCCAGGUGUUUGCUAAAGAGGGAGCCACUGUAGCUGUAGUCGAUUUACAUGCAGAAACUGCCAAGAGUACUUUGGAAACCCUACCUGAAGGUGCCCAUCAGGCCUUUAGUGCAGAUGUUUCCUGUUCAGCCUCCGUGACAGACCUGAUUGGUCAGUUGAAAGACAAAUUUUCAGCUGUACCUACAGUAACUGUCAACUCUGCUGGAAUCACUAAAGACAAACUCAUGCUAAAGAUGGGUGAACAAGAUUUUGAUGAUGUCAUCGCGGUCAAUCUGAAGGGUACGUUCCUAGUAAACCAGGCUGUCAGUCGUGCCUUAGUGAAGAGUAAAGCUCCUGGUGGAUCCAUCAUCAAUAUCUCCAGCAUAUCAGGAAAGGUCGGCAAUGUAGGCCAGACAAACUAUGCAGCAUCUAAAGCAGGAGUUGUGGGACUUACAAAAACUGCUGCCAAGGAGAUGGGAAGAUUUGGUGUCCGUGUGAAUGCCAUCUUACCUGGGUUUAUUGAAACGCCAAUGACUGAUAAAGUACCUGACCAUCUGAUUCAAAUGACCAAGAUGCUUAUCCCGCUAUCGCGACUCGGACGGCCAGAGGAAAUAGCCAAUGCCUGUCUGUUUUUAGCGUCGGACCACAGCAGCUAUGUGACUGGGACCACUCUAGAGGUUGCAGGUGGACUGUUUCCCUGAGCCAGCAUACAACAUAACAUGGCUAACUGUUAUCAUUUGAGAUGGGAAACCAGCUUAGUACCUCACCAGACAUAAUGCUGGAACUGGACAUGGUCUUCCUGCAGUCAGAAGUGUGGACAUUAUGAUGAAACAUACCUCUGGCACUGAAUACAUUUGUGAUUUUCUUUGAUCUGUUAAAGUUGUUUGGAUAAUUUGUAAUGCAAUGGUGUUAUAUUUUCAUAUUUAAAAUUGUUGAAAUUUU